AUGCCUUACGUCAAACCGACUGUCCACAUCUCGCGCUUAGCUUCGACCGCACUCAAAUCAUUCACCCACGGAUACGCCCAAACCGUCGUCGCGGCCAGCCAGUCUUCCUAUGCUGCUCAGAAUACCCCGGCAGCUCCGCUCGCGGACCACUUGAUCUCACGUUUCCGGAAGGGCGACAAGAGUAGACUUCAGAAUGCCUACACUCAUAUCGAUGGUACGCGACAGGCCGGCACCGCUGGUUUGGCUACGGGCCGUAGCGAUGCCAACCACGAUGGACUAGAAAAGUACUUUGAUGCUUGGCAGAAGCACCAGCGCAGUGGGGGAACCAAGGAGUGGCAGCAGUUUCAAUUUGCGCGGAGACUGGAAUGGCAGCCUCCAACCACCGUCCCAGCGCAGCAAAACGAMRGUCUCGAUGCGGAGGAACUUGUUGUGCGUCAGGAGGACGAAGAAUUGGCAGCGCCCAAUUUGAAGCGCUCCUACACGACAAGUGCGCUUGACAACUUCGACAAGGCCUUUUUGAACGAUGAAGCCGCAGAAGCCGUAGCCCUUGAGCAGGUCAACAAUGCCAUCGCAGAGGAGAUCUUGCGAUCAAAAUCUCCGUCUGCGGCAUCUCUCAAGGAUUCGGCGGUUGGAUCCGAUGUGCAGUCAAUUGGCAUCAACAGCGAGACACUGUCCAAUGCAGAUUCUCUGGAGAGUGACUACUACACCAACCAGCUUCUCCAACUUUCCAACGACAAGCAGUAUGGCGAAAUCCCUGCUGUGUUCCAAGGCAUGCUCCKGGCUGGCGUGCAGCAGCCUACACCUUCUGCCUACCGCGCUCUCCUCACAGCUGCCAUUGAGCUCACUCAUGGAAAGCACCUCAAGGCACCCAAGGCUCUUGAGGUGUACUCUGACAUGCUCCGGAGAAAGGUUGUCCCAGAUGUGGAGACGUACGGUAUGCUCAUCGGUCUCCUUGCAACUAGAGCUUCCGAGACUUUGACGAUGCGGAAAUCGUUGGACGAGCGACUAAGCAGAUAUGGAGGAUUGGAUGCGGCCGGCAACUUCAUGUUUCAAUCCACGCAAUCCGAGUAUGCCAUGUUGGUCGAGGACAGCUCGCUUUCCAUCGCGCUCAAGAUGUUUGAGCGUGCAAUUCAGUCAACCUCGGAUGUCAUACCAUCCGAUGCAUGCGCUUCACUGGUGAUUGCCAGCGCUGAGCAAGGACGCGUGGAGGACAUGACCCGGGUAUACCAGUACAUGGAGUCGACAUCCAACAAGCCCGUAUCCUCCAUCUACCCGCCGAUGAUUUCUGCAUUUGGUGGACACGGAGAUCUCCGCAACGCCGUUGAGGUGUAUGACGAAUACAAGGCGCUGGCCAUUGCGAACAACGCCGGAAAGAAUGCCAUUCACCGGGUCGAUUACCAAAUCUACGCCGCGAUCAUCAAGGCGUACGGUGCGGCCGACAGAAUCAAAGGUGGAUUGAAGUUCUUGGCCAGCGUCCAAGCUGAGGUCUCAAACCCGAGCGAGCUCGAGAAGUUGAGGGAAGUAGUCGCGCUCGAGGCUCUACUCCCAUUGGCACUCAAAGACUCCACCUUCCGUGAUGCUCUCAAUCUCACUGGCUCCCUUACUGGUCGCGCUUUGACAUCUGUCUUGACGAGAAUCAGCACCGACGCAGCGGACAGAAAUGUCCCCGAUGUUAGCUUGCAGGCGUUUGAUACGCUGGCUCGCCACUCGAAAGAUUUGGCGGCGCCAGCUAUGGCCGUUCUUGCCAUGCACAUCCGCAAUGCGAACGUCGAAGCCGCGGAGCCAUUCUGGAGAGUUCUGGAAUCCGCCCUUCCGACCCUCGAUUUUGUCGAGCCUACCACUAUGCGAACUGUUGCUCUUAUCGGCAUUGGCCAGUCUGAGCGCGGUUUGAGACAGAGUCGGCGCAUGUUCUCCAGGAUCCGCGAGUCGGAGUGCUCGAGCAUUGUGGAGAUGCACGAUCAGAUUGGUGAAGCGAUUGAGCUCAUCGGCACAUUCAYGCUCAAGCAGAGCACUGUCCACCUCCCGGAAGCUAGCGUUGAGCUCCUCCGCAUGAUGGUCGAGAAUGGAGGCUUGGUUGCUCCCAUUUCCGACCACCUCGUUGCACGUUUCAACCCGGAGCACAUUGCUCGUCUCAAUCAAGCCGACCUUGAGCUGUUGAUGAUGGUGCAGAGURCGAUGAUCCUCGAUGAGAUGUCUGCGGACAUUGCAGGUGCAUCGAGAUUUGGAUGCCUGCUAGAGACCAUCAUUUCUCGUUCGAUGAUGCCUACCGUUGAGACUGAGAAUGUCAUCGAGAGGACAUUGAUCAACAUUGACAGAGCGGAGCUCUCGAAGCUGUGGAACAGCUACCGAUACCCGGACCCAGUAGCACAGCCAGUGUUCACUCCUUUCGUGGGUCCUUUCCAGCCGUCAGCAUCUCUUGAGGACACCCACGACCCAUACUCUAGCCGUACCGAUGUCAAAGGCUCCAACGUGAUCAACGAACUUCUCGAGCGACCGCACGGACGCCGCAUGAGCGAGGCUUUGACCAAGUUCCGCAACAUUCGUCGCAUCGGCCGCAUCCCGCGCAUGUUCACGUAUGGCAAGCUCAUCGAGGCCGCAGCGAAGGAGAACAACCUCAACCUGGCUCACGACAUCCUGGAAAUGGCCAAAGCAGAUGUCCCCUUUGACGCGCGCUACCGUGUUGUUCGCUUCGGCUGGCAGCAGAUCCUUGACCACAUGGUCGCUGGAUGCCUCACUGUCGGCCGCAGGGAUCUCGCGAGCAGGUACCAUCAAGACAUGACCGAUAUGGGCUGUGCGCCUUCCGCCAACACGUUUGGUCUGUACAUYACAACGCUGAAGGAGAACACCAAGACUUUUGACGAGGCCUCCGRGGCCGUCAAGAUCUUCCUUCGCGCCAAGAGCGAAGGUGUUGAGCCGUCUUCUUUCCUCUACAACGCACUGAUCGGCAAGCUUGGAAAGGCCCGACGUAUCGACGAUUGUCUGUUCUACUUUGYCGAGAUGCGUAAUCUGGGCAUCCGUCCCACAUCCGUGACCUACGGCACCAUUGUCAAUGCUCUUUGCCGCGUCUCAGACGACAAAUUUGCAGAGGAGAUUUUCGAGGAGAUGGAGUCCUGCACCAACUACAAGCCUCGCCCAGCUCCAUACCAUUCGCUCAUGCAGUUCUUCCUCAGCACCAAGCGCGAUCGCGGCAAGGUCCUGGCCUACUACGAGCGAAUGCUCAGCAAGGGUAUCGAGCCGACCGUUCACACAUAUAAGCUUCUGAUUGACACGCAUGCCACGUUGGAGCCUGUCAACAUGCCUGCUGCCGAGCAGGUGCUGGAGCAGAUGCAAUCCGUGGGAAUCAAGCCCGAGGCUGUUCACUACAGUUCGCUCAUCCAUGCAAAGGGAUGUGUGCAGCACGACAUGGACGCUGCUCUCGCGCUUUUCAACAAGGUUGUUUCGGAGAAUGCWCGACCGCUCCCUUGCGUUUAUCAGGCCGUCUUCGAAUCCCUAAACGCCAACCACCGGAGUGGAGAGAGCGAGGCGCUGGUCGCUGACAUGAGGAGGAGGAACGUUGAGGUCACGCCGUAUGUUGCUAACGCGCUCAUCCAUGGAUGCAUCGCAGAAGGUCAGACCGCCAAGGCCGAGAGUGUCUUCAAGGGGCUACCGAUUGGGAGGAGAGAGCCAAGCACGUACGAAGCCAUGGUUCGUGCGUAUCUGGCUGGCGGUGAGAGACAAAAGGCACAGGGUGUGGUGAGAGAGGCGCUCGGCAGGGGAUACCCGGGCGCCGUCGCUGGAAAGAUUGCCGAAUUGGUUCGGUAG